UCCAGCAAAAUCCAGCAAAUCAUGAAGUGCAUCGCAGCUGUAGUCAUGGUGGCUCUGGCCGUCGCCGUAGAAUCGGCAACUAUUCCGGUGGUCUAUUCCGGUGCCGGAACCUACAUCCAGCAGAAUGUUGCGCCGAAAUAUGUUUCCGGUCCGGUUACCUAUUCCGCUCCGGCCGUUACAGCUUAUUCUGUGCCCACGACGACCUACGUGGAGCAGAAAUAUGCCGCCGCCCCAGCUGUCGCAUACUCCACCUACUCGGCACCACAAACUACGAUCGUACAAGAGCAGAUCUCGCCCAAAUACGUCGCCCCGGUUGUUUCCGCUUACUCUGCACCAGUUGUGACUUCCUACUCGGUCCCAGAGAAGACCGUCGUCCAACAGAACGUUGCUCCGAAGUACGUCGCCCAGGCAGUGACCUACUCGGCCCCAGCACCAGUGUCCUACGUUGCUCCGGCUCCAGUGUCUUAUGUUGCUCCCUAUAGUGCACCGGCCACCGUUGCCUACUCGGCACCAGUUGCCCGGAUUGCUGCCCCAGUGGCUUACUCUGCCCCGGCCGUCUACGCGUCGGAUUCGGAUAUCGUUGAAGCUGCUCCCGUCGCUGUUGCCCCGGUUGAAACCGUGGUCGCGCAACCUGCUGUGGCCGUUGUUGCCCCGAAGGAGGCUCGUUAUGUUGCCGCCAACCUCGGCGCCGUCCAUGAGGCUCCCCUGGCCGGACACACCGUCAACCAGCAGUCACUGAACGUUGAACCGGCACCUGGAACCCAGUAAAACCUGCGGCUAUUUGCCGGCGAUUCUAUGAUAAUCCCAAACGAAAAAUAUCGAAUCGCGAGUACAAAAAUUACGUGAAUGAAUA